AUGGAGAUUCAGUCCAAAAAGGGUAUGGAUUUGAAAGUAGGAUACACAGGGAGGAGAUUGGCAUUGGCAAGGAGUAGAUUUGUUGUACCAUGGAGGGAGAACAAGAGGAGAGAAGUUGGGUACUUAGCUGAAAAGGAAAAAGAACGAAGAAGAAGAAUUCAGAAGAAGAAAGGGGGAGAAGACAACCUACCCCUACGACGCACGAGGGCAGGGGUGGUUGAUCCACAUCUAGUUGGUGGGGCUUGUCUCCUAUCUCCCCAAGGAAUCCCCCUGUGGUCUCCAAUUCCUGAUCUGACGCUUCAGUUAAUAUCUCAC